GUGACUCACUGACUGAACCAUUCUUCACGACCGACACCCAACGCAUUUGGAAUAUAUUACUUCAUAUUUAUUCUAUAUCUAGCUAGCUGAGUUAUAAACAGCGCCACGAUUUAGCUUGAUAGGAUUGACAUGUUACAUUUUCGGUCUUCGGUACUGCUCAAGGAGUUGUUUCAAUCUAACCUGAAGCGCCCUUUGACAGGUAUCGCCAGAAAGACAUCACCAUCAGUCGCGUAUUGCUUUAGCAUCGCCUGUACAGAUGUCAGAUCCGUGACCAAAGUAAAGUGUCUCCAGCAUGCGGUUGGAUGGAGAGCUACGCCAUACACUACCAACGCCCACGGAACUCGGAACCUCUCCACCAAGAGCGACGACGGUUCGGUGCCACCGCCAACGGACACCAAAAAGGACACCUCCACCAGCAAUGAAACCGCCACCAAGGAGGCAGCUGCCGAGAAGAGAAGGAAGGCAGGCAUCCUGCCCAGUCUGGAGGAUUUGCUCUUCUACACCAUUGCCGGGGGCGCUGAAAAAAUCCCGGCUCACAAAUUCACCACAGCGCUGAAAGCCACAGGGCUUCGGACAGGAGACCCCCGGCUGAAGGAAUGUAUGGAGAACCUGAAAGUCAUCAUGAAGACCACGUCAGACGGAAACCUGGACCGACACCUCUUCAAGAAGUGUGUCCAGAGCAACAUCGUGCUGCUCACCCAGGCCUUCAGGAAGAAGUUUGUUAUCCCCGACUUUGUGUCCUUCGCCUCAGAAAUCGACGCGCUCUAUGAGAAUGCCAAAAACCUGGGAGGGGGACAGGUGGCUGACUACAUUCCCCAGCUGGCCAGGUUCAGCCCGGACCUCUGGGCCGUGUCCAUAUGCACUGUGGAUGGACAAAGACACACAGCGGGUGACACCAAAGUCCCGUUCUGCCUGCAGUCGUGUGUAAAGCCGCUGAAGUACGCCAUUGCCGUGCACGACCACGGGACAGAGUAUGUGCACCGUUUCAUUGGCAAAGAGCCCAGCGGCCUGCGCUUCAACAAACUAUUCCUCAACGAGGAAGAUAAACCACAUAACCCUAUGGUUAACGCCGGUGCUAUCGUGUGCACGUCCCUCCUAAAGGUGCCUCGCUGAAGACUAGAACCAAGAGGGGACACAUACAUGUAUGUUGUGUGCAUAAGUCUUCUGUAGUGUUGUUACUACAUAACCCACCACCAGCCCAUUGAUCAUAUCAACGCGAGGAACUGCCGCUUGUUUCAUACUAAACUCUCAACAAUCACAUACCAUAAACUAAUGACACAAACUCUCUCCAAAUGACUUCUCUUUCACCUUCAAUGUCUUCAGAGACAUAAUACUUCAUUCUCUGCAGAAAUGAGGUUUCAUCUCCAAUAAUUAGUGGCUGCAACCUACUGCAGAUACCUUUUUCGCUUACUGUAUGUAGCCAAAGCCCAUAUCUAUAACGGUCUGUCUUAGAUGAAGACAGUGUAGGCAGUACAUUAUCACCUUCAAAACAAGACUAGCACUUAUAUCCAUAUUUCAACGUAACAUGGCAUACGGACCCAGAUAGAUGAGGCCUGGCUACUCAUCAAUCUCAACCACAACCAAGCCAAGUUACCGAAUGAAGCCUUGCGUUUUCCUGUCUGGUUUGAUUUGGGGUUGAACUCUGAUGGAAAGGUGCCGUAUGAUUAUCCUGUCUUAAGAGUUUAUAGGAGUAACACCUAUAAGGAAUAACGACUCUAUAGUAAUUAAUGUUAACAAACGUAUGUUUUUGGUACUUGUAUCAUACUGUACACUAUGGUACAUAGUACAGUACACAAAAGAUUACACCUAGUGAUAUACAGAUGUAGGAAUGUAAUUUGAGCCAGUUUGCUACAGCAGGGAAAUAAUCCUGCAGCAAUAGGAAAUGUGAAUUAUAAUUGACAUUUUUUGUAGGGGUUGAUAUAUUUUUCGUUAGGGCAAAUCAAGUCUUGACAUUUUAAAGUGGACAUUAUAAACUUUUAAUACACUACAAGUUUGCAUUUUUCCUGCAAUGAGUGAUAAAUUAAGAUCCUACAUCUGUAGCCUAUUAGUAAUUUGGUUAUUUGGAUGGCAGUCAUUUGACUUGACAGGGUAAUGAUGUGGUAUCUUUCUGCUUAAAUCUUCAUUAUAACCUUAAACCAAUCACUGUAAAGGUUGCUAAUGGUGGGCUCAAUAAUCAAUCCACUGAUUGGAUGUCCCUAUAUUCUAAUAUGGUCUGGUCUAUAUUCUAGUAAUAUAGACCAGAUCUGUCUCUCAAAAUGUGGUUCCUGUAUGGUAAAUCUGGGACUAAACUAUGGGAAAAUUGUAAUGUAUUUUUGAAGCCUCGUUUGUGGUUUAUUUGUUGUUGCAUAUUUUACAGCAUUAAGAUCUGUGGGAAAUUAUGACCACUGCCACAGGUCAAUGACGUUGGUAAUUUUUUUACUUAAAUUAUUCUCCCUAUUGAACAACAUCUGGAUUUGUUAUAAUAUGCUACAGUUUUAGUAGUUGCUAUUUGUCACCUGGAUUUUACAAACGGUUUACCAAUAAAAUAAACAGAAAGGCAAAAAAAUGUUUUUCAAAAUCCUGAUAGUACAAACAUUGUUUUUAGAUGAUUGAUUAUUUGUGUUUUAUUUUUUGAAUGUAUUUAACUGGUUUAUUUGCCCUAUUUGUAUUAUUAGAGUUAAAUGUAACGUUUCGUUUCUGUAGUACCUCCUCAGCUCACACUACACAUCCCAGAAGUCAGUGUGUUCUACAAUAUUAAGUGAGGACAUCACUAAUUAAUCUGCACAUAUAGAUCCAUAACCUUUCUACAACACACAGGAUUAGCCACACACUAGCAUCACAUCACUAACUUCCAACAGACACUCAGACCCCUACAGUACAAAGGCUACUUACACUACUACAUAUUAAGUUCACAUAUACCUGUCUAUGCAGUAUUGCAGAUAUAAGGAAUUGCAUUUACCUGUGGUGCGUUUUAUCCCCAUAACAGUCUGGUAGAAUGGCCUACACAUUGUUUUUCUCAUUUGAAAACCCUUAACUCUUUAAUUAGUGAUUAAUUUCAUCUCCAACUAGCUAGUUGCCCAGUAAUCCUAAAUAUUUGUCAUAUUUGGACUAAACUUAUUUCUUUAGGGCACAUAUUUUUUUUAUUUUUUUUAAUGAUUAUUGAUAGAUUUUGUAAUGAUAUUGGUCAUUUGAUCUAGGAAUCAUUUGAAUUUGUCAUAAGGUAUUCCCACUAGCUAGGCAAUAAACAAUUUCCUGUAUAUCUAAUUUGAUAUACAGUAUGUAGUCAUUCAUACUGAUGUGAUCUUCUGUUUCUCUUUUAGCAAGGGGCAAGCAAUGCUGAGAAAUUUGAUUAUGUCAUGAACUUCAUGAAUAAGCUGGCAGGAAACGAGUAUGUGGGUUUCAGCAAUGCCACAUUCCAGUCAGAGAGGGAGUCUGGAGAUCGUAACUUUGCUAUCGGCUACUACCUUAAGGAGAAGAAGUGCUUUCCAGAGGGGACAGACAUGACCUCCAUUUUAGACCUCUACUUCCAGCUGUGCUCCAUCGAGGUGACCUGUGAAAGCGCUAGCGUCAUGGCGGCCACCCUGGCCAAUGGCGGCUUCUGUCCAAUCACAGGCGAGCGCGUGCUGGGCCCAGAGGCGGUACGGAACACCCUGAGCCUCAUGCACUCCUGCGGCAUGUACGACUUCUCGGGACAGUUCGCUUUCCACGUUGGACUUCCAGCUAAGUCGGGCGUGGCAGGGGGCAUCCUGCUGGUGGUGCCCAACGUCAUGGGUAUCAUGUGCUGGUCCCCUCCACUGGACAAGCUGGGUAACAGUGUACGAGGAAUCCAGUUCUGCACGGAUCUGGUGUCCCUUUGCAACUUCCACAACUACGACAACCUGAAGCACUUUGUCAAGAAGCUGGAUCCUCGCAGGGAGGGCGGAGACCAGAGGGUGAAGUCGGUCAUCAAUCUUCUGUUUGCUGCGUACACUGGAGAUGUGUCUGCACUGAGGAGGUUUGCUCUGUCUUCCAUGGACAUGGAGCAGAGGGACUAUGACUCCAGGACAGCCCUCCAUGUGGCUGCAGCAGAAGGGCAUGUGGAGGUGGUCAAGUUCCUGUUGGAGGCAUGCAGGGUCAACCCUGUUCCCAAAGACAGGUGGGGUAACACACCGAUGGAAGAGGCAGUGCACUUUGGACACCACGACGUUGUGACCAUGCUCCAGGACUACAACAACAAGUACAGUCCACCAGGGGGUGCCACUGAGGACAAAGAGAAGGAGAUAUCAGAGAAGAACAUUGAUGGCCUACUAUGAGCCAACUAAUAUUUUAUUUCUAUGGAUAUAUAUAUAAGAGUAACUAGAACGGACAUUCCCAUUGAAAUUAUAUAUGUGAUCUGAGCAGCUUGGUCCUUUCCAGUCAUUCUAUUUCUAUGUCCCCAUUAACUAUCCGUGUGUGGUCUCUUUGUCACGUCAGUGGUAGGUCACGUAUACUGUAUUGUUGAUUUUGUAUAAAAGUAUUGUAUUUCUAGUAUUUAAAAAAAAAAGACAAUGUGUUUAAAAAAUAUUGACCUUUUGACUUUUUCCCGGAUGUUUUUUGGGUUGAUGUUUCCUUUCGCUUCGCUUUUUUAUGUCAUACUGCUCACUGCACAACUCUCCCUCAGUGUGUCAGCACUAUGUGUAAUGUAUUUUCUACAUUUAAGUGCAAAACAUUUCUCUUUAUGUACAACAUUGUGUAAAACCUGAACGUAUCCAUAAGAUAACGUGUACAUUUAUGUAACGUGUGUUUAUCCCUGAAAGUAAUAUAUCAGAGGUAGAUGGAUUCAGUGUAAAUACUAUUUAAUCUGAAGUGAUUCUCACUGGCACAGCUUUUGAAGGAAAUUGGUCCACACACUGUGCAUUAGGCUUAAGUUGGACUAUGAGGCAGAAUGCGUUAAACUAUUCCACACGUUCACAGAUCUAGGUAGCCUGGUUGCAAAGUUGUUUGGACUGUAUAUGGCACUGGCUAUACAGGCCAGACAGAUCUGGGACCACAGGCUAUCUAUGGUUUAAGACCUCUGGUCUUUUGAUUUAGGCCUAGUAGCUUCAUAUGAAUUGAAAGUAUGGCAUUAUGUGGAGUGUGUUUAGUUUUGUUGGUUUGCUAUUUGAUAGCUAGACAUUUUUGCACCUUUUUCUCCAAAAUAACAAAAACAAAAUCAUUUUGAUUGUUCUAUAAUCUUAUUUUAAUUUUGAGUAGAAAGGGGGUUAUUUGUUUAAGUGUCAGCCAAAGCUUUUCUGUAUGUUUGCUCCACCUGAUAAAAGUCUAGUCGG